AAGACAGUAUAAUUGUACAAUUAAAUGUGAUGAAUGUCUGGUGUCAUUAAAUGUCUACACAGCUGACCUGUUUCUCGUUGAACUACGAUUUUAUUUCUAGCACACGUGAUUUUAAAUCACCAUAUACAUUUCUGCACUUUUGCUCAUUCUAUUUCAACCAACCAUCAUCAUCUCCCAAACUCACACUAACACUCACACAAGUCCAAACAUGUCUACUGCAACACUUCACGUGCUGGCAUACCCCUUUCCAGCAUCCGGUCACGUGAUCCCCCUCCUGGACUUCGCCAAGGUCCUUCUCUCUCGCGGUGUUAAAGUCACCGUUCUCGUCACCCCAAAAACCCAUCCCUUGGUCGCAACCAACCCUUCUCCUCUUCUCCAAACCCUACUCCUUCCCGAACCCCAGUUGUCAAAUCCCAACUUGAAAGAUCUGGCCGACCUUAUGAACUCAAUGCGUCACCACCACCACCCCUUAAUAGUGGACUGGGCCAAGACCCAGUCCACUCCCCCUUCAGCCAUUAUCUCCGAUUACUUCCUCGGCUGGACUCACCUCCUCGGAGAUGACCUCGGCGUGCCGCACAUCGUUUUCUCCCCUUGCAGCGCCAUCAGUCUUGCCGUCAUCAAUUCCCUAUGGCGCGACGCCCCGCAAAAUCACAACCCCUAAGACCCAAAUUCCGUCGUUUCUUUUCCCAACCUUCCCAACUCCCCGGUUUAUCCUUGGUGGCAGAUCACGCACCUGUACACUGACAACGAAAGAGGAGGACUCGAAUGGGAGCUUCACCGAGAGAACACACUCUUCAAUAUCGACUCCUGGGGCUUCGUUUUCAACACUUUCACCGAGGCGGAACAAGUUUAUAUAGACAACAUGAAGAAAGAACUCGGACACAAAAGAGUCUGGGCGGUGGGCCCGGUUAUACCGAUUCAAAACGGUUCGGCGGAACCGGUUGAGCAUGGAGGCAACAGCACCGUUUCGCAACGUGAACUCCUUGAAUGGUUGGACUCACGCGAGGAAUGUUCGGUUAUCUAUGUGUGUUUCGGGAGCCUUGCGGUUCUCUCGAGUUCGCAGAUGGAGGUGUUGGCACAGGCUUUGGAACUCAGUGGGGUAAACUUU